AGUAACGGUUUUUUUUCAUUUGAUUUUGUCAUUGCAAUUUUCUUCCGGGAGAAAAAUUAGACGGAAAACUAUAAAGAAAACUUUAAAAUAACUGGAAAAUCCCUGAAACUUGCAGUUAGGUAUUGAAGCAGAAGAAGAAAAAAUGGCUGAUACGUCCGGGAAGAAGAGAAAACCAGGCCCGGCAUCUAGAACAAAUAAAAUCCCACGCAAGAAGUUCGGGUAUAAUGGGAAUAUCAACUUCAUCUUCCCAAACGACGAUGGGGCUGUCCUGCUGGCGGAUAAGCUCAAACUCAUGGCGGUCAGUGAAGUGUGGUUGAAUCAACUUCCAAGAUGCGAGAUCAGUGAACCAGAGGAUAUUACCAUUGAGGACAUCCCUUAUGCAGUUUUCUCCGCAAUGGUGGAUUUUGUCUCCUACAGCGACAAUGGAAAGCCCGUGUUGGACGUGAAUGAAGGGAACUUCCAGGUAUUCCUGUACGCCGCUAAGAAGUACUUCAUUUACAGCGUCCUCCAUGAGAUUGUAAAGUUCCUCCAGAAUUUCAUCAAAGCCGAAAAUCUUGCGGAACAUUUUGAAUUUAUUGAGCGUUUUGACAUGCAGCCAAUCAUGGAACAUUUCCAGGCCAUCUGCAUUCGUUUCCCACUGCACGUCAUCAGGACUUUGAAUACUUCCCCGCCUCACAAGCGUAUCCUUCAAAUGAUCCUCGAGAGUCCUCUGCUCAACUGCAAUGAGUACAGUCUCUUCUAUGAGAUAAUGGAGAUGCUUAUUCGUGAUGGGAAGGGGCAUCCGGGAGGCGGACAGAAUGGUGAGAGUGAUUGCAUGAGGAGGGAACUUGGACGUCUUCUUUACCUCAUUCGCUUCCCAACGAUGACAAUUGAGGAGUUCAUCAUGUGCACCGAAGCACCAACUCCACUCACGGACAAGGAGGCCAAAGAUAUUCUCUUGUGGCUCAAUGGGCAAAUCUACAGCUCAACCAUUAAGAAGUUCAACCUCAAACCGAGAUUCCCCAUUGCUGAACCAUAAAUGAAAUUACAAAAAAAUCUGCAUUUAAAGCAACCUUGCACUGAAGCACCGCCUUGGAGAAAAUUUUAGUUACGCGAGAACCAAUGAAAACUUUACUUUGGAUUUGUCAACCAAUCAGGGAGAUUCUCCAAAUUCUUCUUAUUUCUUUUUCCGUUAAAAUCAAGCAAAGGGAGGCACUCCAAAUUUUUUUCUCAUUGGCUCAGAACAGACGGCCUCGCAUCCAAAAAGUUGCAUCGCGAAGACGUCAACCAAAAGCCACGGCCGUCUGUUCUGAGCCAUUAAAACAUUUUUGUACUGCAUUGAAUUAAAUUAACAUUUAUUGAAUUUAUUGGAUGAAAUACAUGAAAAUUAACAGAAUUAUUUAUCUAAAAAAAAACUGAAUUGAAUUUGAAAUAAAAAAGAAUUUUUAAACAA